AUGCCACCCAAGAAUCCACGCGGGAGACCCGCAACAAACCGUGGGGAUGGAGAAGAUCCAAACCCUAACAUCGCUCAACUUGUGGAACUAUUGCGUCAGCAAACAAAUACAUUAGUGCAGCAACAACAAUUGCUUCAGCAACAAAUGCAACCACCUCAACCACCUCCAGCUCCUGUUACGACCUUUAAAAUCUUCCAAUCAGUCAAACCCCCUGAGUUUCAAGGAACUCAGGAUCCCGUAGAAGCCCAUGCUUGGCUCAAAGAGAUAGAGAAGGCUUUCGCCUUAGUGAAUGUUGGAGAUGACCAAAAAGUUGAAUAUGCUACUUACUUUCUAAAAGGCGAGUCAAAUUAUUGGUGGGAAUCAGCUAGAGCUUUAGAAGCUACUGCAAUUAUUCCAUGGGAUAGGUUUAAAAGGAUAUUCUUGGAUAAGUAUUUUCCUCGUUACAUGCAAACUCAGAUGGAAAUGAAGUUCUUUGAAUUGAAACAAGAGAAUAUGACAGUUGGGGAGUAUGAAAAGAAAUUUACGGAAUUGGCAAGAUUUGUUGGUGAUUAUGUUGAUACAGAAGAAAAAAGGGCGAAGAGGUUUCAGCAAGGAUUGAAGCCCUGGUUAAGGAGUCGUGUAGCAGCUUUCGAGCUGACUACAUACGCAGAAGUUGUUCAGAAAGCUAUGGUAAUCGAAGGAGAAAGUGGUGCGUUUGCUACAGACUGCCCAUAA